GCGUCGUUUUGGAAGGAGAAGGCCUCUUCGAAUGCGGUUAAAGUGCUUAGUGAAUCCAGUCGGACUCCGGAGGACAGGCUUGAGAAUAAUUUGGCUGCCGCUCAGUUGCUUCUUGCUGAGACCAAGAAAGCUGAAGCUGUGCAAAUUUUCGAAUCGUUGCCGAAAGAGGUUCGUUUGCGUCUAGGUGUCGCAUCUGUGCUUGUGAACCUGUACGUUUCUCUGGGAAAAUUCGAACCUGCGUCUCAACUCUUGAAUGAUGCCAUCGGUCGACUUCAAAAGUCCAAGCAGCCGGUACCUCCAUACAUGCUA